ACAGAGGACAAAGUGACAUUAAAGGAAAAGGUGGACAUGCAACAUCGAGACAGAAACACUACCUUUACACAGAUGGAGAACAAUAACACAAAUAUAAUGUACCCUUUUAAAAAAUAAUUUAGUGUGCCUGCUGUGCAAAGCAUAACGGAGUUAUCUUUCAUCAGACUUAUUUUUUUUAAACCAACUUGUUGCCUGGUUUGUUUUGCAUUCUGUGAUGGGCCAGCAGGGGUCGCUGUGGGACUAGUUACUCGACUGCCUCCAGUAACAUACAGUCCACAGUGACCUGACAGCAUGCCAGCCACACAGUCACAUGACUGAGACGGAGACACACAGAAAGGAACUGGAGCUGUCUUUUUCAACAAGCCCAUUUAGAAGUCAAAGGUCAUGGUUAAUAAGUACAGAAAAGAAUUGCAUCACGUUCGCAUUGAGGGGGCUCAGAUCUUAGUCCGGCCUCUGCGUCACUCACUUGUCCCCGUGCCACCUUUGUGGCAUUGCAGUAACAGCAGAAGUAUUACAUGCCAUAUUUAUCUAGAACAAGUGGUGUCCUCUCUCACACUGAACGAGCUGAUCCUUUCACUGAAGAUACUCGUUUUCAUGUUAUCAUGUCCCACUUGGCUGGGAUUAGGCUCUUUAUCCCCUCGGUCCCAGUGCAGAAUGUUGGCCGUAAUCCCAGAUUGCAGUAGUGGAAAUUGUCGGGGCGACCACAGAACAACACUAUGAAGUGGUCUGGAAUUCACCUUUUUUUCCCCUUUCUGCUGCACUUCUUUUUCUUUUUGUCCAGGAUUAUGUUUUCAGUGUAACAUCAAAUGCCCAAAUGCAUAUGAAUAUACUCAUUUCAUUAUUUAAAAGUUCCUUCUUUUUUUUUACAAGUGUGUUUUCUCUGCUAAUGCUCGUCUCCAUUCUCCAGAGAAAAGACAACACCCAUCCUUGUGAAUGUGCGUCUGAGUGUCUGCACAUGUUCACCCUAAUCUCCACCUGAGCCUGCUGCAGGUCUGCUGCAUUCAGGGACACAAAACAAGCAAAGCUCCAGCUACUUAGCGUGAGCUGGGAAAGUGGAUUGCUGCUCCGAGAGGGAGUACAGGAGUGGACACGAGUUGUGUCCUUCCCUUUCAAAAAAUGGCGACAAUACAGACGUUAUUCUGUUUAAAGAGGAAAGAUAAAUUGAACUGCUUAGGGUGACAGCAAGUGGACUUCUCUUUCUUUUUUCUCUCUGGAAUAUCCAUUGGAUUAGUUGUCCAUGUGUCCCAAUAAGAACACUAUUGGGUGACUGUGGCGCUCGAGGCCUCGCAGCGCUGCUCCUGGCACCAUGAGGGUAAGAAGCAGUGACAAAUUUGUAAUUUGUGAAAUUGGGCUAUACAAAUAAACUGAAUUGAAUUGGAGCAUCUUCAAUGUGGAGCGACGCGGAGUUCUUUUGAGUUCCAGCAAGCCGAAGAAUCAUCAAGAUGUUGCAGCUGGAGCAGCGACUCGGGACUUCAGCCUCGCCUCUAGCGCUGCAGCCCUGCCGUCAGCAGCAUGGACUAUUGCACGCCGCAGUCCAGUCGACGCCACAACCCCGUGGACAGCAUCUGCCGCAAGCUCCAGACCAUUCAGUGGCGUGGUGACCGCAAGCCCAAUUCUCCGUUUCAGAUUCCCAAACUGUCGUCUAACAAUUACGACAGCCCACAGAGUGGCCUCCGGCACAACCUGGACACCAUCCUGAAGAAAGGGACCCUCCACAGAGAGCAGGUGGAACAGGUGAAGGGCAGAGGGAUGGGGACUUCGUCUUUCCAGAGGAGCAGCCUGGGUCCCUCUAUCCCUCCGCUCACCCCUUCCACCCCAGCGUGUAACCCCUCCACGCCAACUAACAUCGCAUACACCAUCACUAGCAGUCUCGGCGAGAGGAGAAGUGCUGAUGGGAGUGAUUUAAUACCAGUUGAGACAUGGCGGGGGGAUUGCUCGACGCCAAUGGGUCCGGCCAAAGACGCCCCUUACUUUACGUUCACGAGAGGAUCCCGGUCGGGGAAGCCCGAGAACGAGAGGCCGAGCAGCACGACGCCUCUGAGUCGUACGUUCACCCCAAACCACGGCAACCUCUCCUACAACCUCAACUUCUGCUCAGUGGACAAGGGGAACUCGACGGAGUGCGAGCUGUCCUACCCAGCGCUGGUUGUGAAAAGACUGUCUAUGGGAGAUGGAGUAGCCUCCGAAAACAGGAAGGAAAGUAUGGCAGAGAUGAGCCUAAUCUCUGAGGAGAAUCUGCUCGAUACCAUCUUCCAUGCCUGCGACACCAAGCGCCGAGGUCGAGUGUACGUGUCUCACAUCGUGGACUACCUGCGGCACACCACCAGUCGCAGCUCAGAAGACAGCGGACUGGAGGACCUUUGCAACAUGCUCGAUCCAGAACGCGAAGACGUCUCCAUUGACCUGGAUACGUACCACGCCGUCAUGAAGGAGUGGAUCGAUGACUGCCGCAACAACGGGGAAGAGACAACGGAUGACAUCAUUCAGGACUCAGUCAAACUCAGGGACAGCCUGUCUGCCAAGAGAUCCAUGCUGCUCAAUAUGACCUCAGGAAGCUUAGAGGCCUUUGGAGGGGAGGCAUCCAGAGCAGAAUUUGAGACGUCAGAGCUGGUGAAUUGUGUUGCUGACCUUCAGAUGAACAACCAAAAGCUCCUGGAGGAGGUGAGGAAGCUGAAGCAGGCGGUGGAGGGCAUGGAGGAAGGCAACCAGAAGCUGGCAGAGGAGAAUGAGGAGCUACGCAAUCAGGCCAGGGUUAACCAGCAGCUGGCCCAGAAGGAGAAGAUGCUGAAGGAGGAGGUGGAAGAGAUGAAGGCCACUCUGUGCUGUACGGAGGAAGGCAGAGCUCGUGCCUCGGCACACUGCAAACAUGCGGAAAGGGAGAGCAAGAGUCUUAUUGCCGAGAUUGCGUCUCUUCAAGAAGAGAACUUCAAGGUCGCCAUGGAGACAGACGAGCUUCAGAGGAAGAUAACUGAGCUGUGUGACAUUAACACUGACCUUCAGGUGCAAAUUCACUCUUUGGACGCCGUCGUUGGUGAAAAGGAAACUGGGCUACAAGAGAAGAGACAACAAAUAAAUGAGCUGAAGUCCACAGUGGAGGAAUACUCCUUCAUCACAGAGCUUCUGAGGGCAGACAAGAGAAAGCUGGAGAACCAGAUGCGGAUGAUUCAACCGUACCUGUCUGGGGCCGGCCUGUCAGUGGCCUACAGGUUGAACCUCAGCAGCUCUGGAUCCCUCCAGACAGAAUUGGCUUUGGCACAGUCGCCACUGGAGGCUUCCCUUGUAGUUGACCAUGUGUCUAAUACUAUGAGCUGCAUCUCCCUGUUGGAUGAGACGCUGGACAGGGAAGUGUUGCUGAUGCUGCAGGGACCCAACCCUGACCACAUGGCGCUGCAGUUCAAGAACCUCAUACAUGCACUGAAAAAGGAUUUCAUAGAAGAAACCAACUCCGUCUUGUCUACAGCCAGAGGUUGGCUGGAAGGCAACACAGACGCCAGUCUGCAGACGGUGCAGGCCGAGCUGGACGCGAGAAGGGCCGACUGGGCCCUCAGCCUAGACCAGCUGGCCCAGUACACGGACUCACUGGAGAAGGAGCUGAUCAAAAUGGCCAGUAACAUGAGGAGGUCCCGCACCGAGAUCCUGCACCUUUCAGUCAGGGUGCAGGAGCAGGAGAACCAGAAGCGGCAGCUGAGCGAGGAGCUGGAACAGCUGAAGGCGCCUCAGGACAACCGAGAGGCCUCAUGCCAGACACCUCUACCAGAGGAAGAGCCUGGUGAUGACUUGUACUGGGACGAGGAAUUUGACCUUCAAGACCCCUUGAAGAACGAGUUAAAAGAGAGGAAUUGCAAAGAAAAUGGCGGGCGAACGGACAGAGACCAGGACGUGGUGGAGAAGUGGACGGUGGUGGACACGUCCACUCCUCUGUCUGCCCUCUCUGGGGAGGCCCAACCUGGCCAGUGUGCAACAGGAGGGGAUCAAGACACUGCAGCCUGCACAGAGCCAGAGGUGAGAUCUCAAUCUUUGCAGGAGCCAGCAGUGCCAUUGAGCACCCACUCACAAGCUGUCAGCAUUCGACAGCCAGAGGCGGAUGCUCUCUCUGAUAUUCUCCACUCAGAGAACAGCGGAACUCCAGAGUCUCCCUCCUGUGGUCAAACCCAAAAUCUGAGCAAGUCAUCUGAACAGGACCAAACGGUCUCACUUGGUAACACCCCUCCCACAGCAUCCCAGAUGGUUCCUCCUAGCAGCACAUCACCUGGACGAGAUGGGACUAUUACACACACUGGGAGCACCCAGCCGACCAGUGAGCAGCACCACGGGGGAGAAGAAGAGAAAGAGGGCGGGGUGGACCCGAGCACAGCCGCCAUGAGUCGUACUAAGAGCCCGAGCCGGGACCAGUCGGCCGACCGAUCAGCAGCGGAGGACGGCACGUGUGUGCUACCCGUGUUGGUGGAAGAGGAGGAGAGUACAGCCGAGGUGCCAACAGUAGCCGUCACCAUGGAAGGGACGGAGCAGCUCACCAGCAGCGCAGCGACCACCCCAACUCGGUCAGGAUCGACUGUCACACAGGCCAACCAAUCGGGGAGCGGCUUGGGCAGCGUGACCUCUGACCCCAGCCAAUCGGAGGACAGUGCAGCCAAAAAGGACUCCGUCCCCGUAUCUGGCAAAAAUAAGAGGGAACUGGAGCAGUCGGGCAGCAUGGAGGGCAUCGAGGAGCCCAAGGCCCCGGAGGACCAAAGUGAGACCAGCGUGGCCACUGACAAGGAACCUAAGACGUCCGUAAACUCCGACACUGGUGUCACCUCCAAAGAGGACAGUAAGAGCCUGUUGCCUAAUGACAAGGAGACCGAGGCGGAGUUCCAGCGUCUGGCGUUGGGCUUCAAGUGCGACAUGUUCACCUUGGAGAAGAGACUCCGGCUGGAGGAGAGGUCACGUGACCUGGCUGAGGAAAAUGUCCGCAAGGAGGUGUCCAGCUGUCAGGGCUUACUGCAGGCUCUGACUCCUCUGUGUGAUGACAGCCAGUCAAUGGAGAUCAUCCAGAGGCUCGAGAAGAACCUGGAGAUCCUCAUCCAGUCCAUGGCCAGGGUGUCCAGUCGCUCCGAGAUGCUCGGCGCUAUUCACCAGGAGAGUCGUAUUGGUAAGGCUGUGGAGGUGAUGAUCCUGCAUGUGGAGAACCUGAGGAGGAUGUACACCAAGGAGCACGCCGAGCUGCUGGAGCUGCGAGAGGCGCUGGUGCAGAACGAGAGGUCGUUUGGAUCACAGACGGAAAGAGAUGAUUUCCGUGGCAAGAAGCAGACAACGCAGUACUACAAGCAGUCGUCCACCCGGCGGGUCAGCAUAGCGGCGAUCCCCCGCUCCGGUGGAGCCAACAUGCAGUUCGACAUGACCAAAGCACAAGAUGGCUCCGAGGCGGAAACGGAGAGACUGACCAGGCGCUCCCCGUGGACGCCCUGCAACACCGACUGCCAGUGGCAGGACCGGCCGAAGGACGAGCCGGCGGCAGAGAAGAGGAGGUCCAGUCUCAGUGAGCUGGGCAGCAAGCUCACCUCCCUCCUAUUGCCCCUCAAGACGAGUCGGGAUGAGCUGUUUAUAACGCUUCCGAGCCCCCCCAACAGCCCCAUGGCCACAGACCCCGGAAUGAUCCCGUCUCUUCCCCACAGCCUGACCUCUUCCUGGGCCGCUGCAACUGCACCGGGAGCCAAAGGUGGCCGAGGCGUCUGGCUUUGGUUGGCGAUGGUGGUGGUGCUAGCAGGUCUCUUGGCUCUGCUGGCCAGCCUGGCCAUGCAGCCAGCGGUCGAUGCGGCCCCUGUGGGGACCGGGGACUCCUGGAUGACCAUCCAGCAGAUGCUGUGGCCCUACACGGGGCUCCGGCAUCACGGACAGCCCCCCGUCUAGCCCCCGAGACCCAGGCUGCGUGGUGUCAUCGGCUCUCUGCAGAAAUGAUCCGUGCGUGAUGAAAGUGUACAACUGCUGGGCGGAGCUGCUGGGAUCUUUACUGGUGCCUGAAGAGUCUGUAAACAAGAUUUGCAUUGACGGCAGCACAGGCCAAGCCUCAGGGGAGAGUUAACCCUUUGAUGAAUGUUAUGCAUCACAUCACGUUUGCUAAAUUAGUCUUUGUGUGUGUGUGUGUGUGUGUGUGUGUGUGUGUGUGUGUGUGUGUGUGUGUGUGUGUGUGUGUGUGUGUGUGUGUGUGUGUGUGUGUGUGUGUGUGUGUGUGUGUGUGUGUGUGUGUCUGCGUUUUUAAAAGCAGUUGCGCGCGGUGCAAACCAAUGUCCUUUAACAAGCUGCUCAACGGCCUCAACACAUUAUGACGCAGCCUUGAUCAUCAGAGCUGGUACAACGUUGACCAAUCAUGUCGCUCCAGCAUCAGAAGAAGGCCCUCGUGGACGAUGGCGCUUUAGAUACUUUUUAUUGACUUGAGGAAACGGGACUUAACGCCUUUUUAAUGGAAUGUUGCCGAGAAUAUUUUAUAACUUCAGUCUAUGAACACUGGUAAUUAAACUUUCAUUCUAAGUGUUUAAAACAAUUUUGAAGUCUAUAUUUAUGAGUUUGUUAGAUUUGAGUGAGGAUUUAUGAAUAUAUUUUUAUUUAAGUUAUACUUCGACAUUGUCCCAGUCUUAACACCAAAGGUUUCGUAUCUCUUUUUUUCACUUUACGUUUUAUGCUGUGGUUGUCACCGUUUUCAACUUCAUUUUGUAUGUUCCAAAGAAGAUGCUUGGAACUUUGCACAAAUAAAGUAGCCUAUCCUAAAAUAGAA